UCCGCAGACACCCACGGGCCGGGACUCUAGGAGGGCCCCAGAGCGGCGGCGCCGAGCCUCUCGCCUUGCCACAACUUGCCCCCAGACAAGGCACGCUCCAUCUUGCACCCUUGGAAAAGAAGGAGCCGGCCUGCCUUCUCUUCCCGCCAGGCUGCUCCUCCCUCGGCCUCGGAGAACCUCGCUUCUGAUUCCGCAGAGCCCCUGGGGUCUGGGUAACCUCCCCCACCGCCACCACCAUCACCCGCACUCCUCCCGGGACGCCCCGUCCGCUCGCAGCGCCCGGCUUUCGCCCAGGAGCGCGCAGCUCGGGUGCUGGGGAUACGUCGGUUGAGCAAUAGCCCUUGUUCCCGCUGACCCUGCCAACCCAUUGGAUGGAGCCCAGAGUCCACAGACCUGCCAGGAAAGAAAAAAGAUUUCCUCAUGGUUGGUGCAAGCAGGGCCUCCCUGGUGGAUUGAGGAAUGCCUGGCUUUUCCUCAGCUCAUUGAUCUCUGUGGUGACCACUGGCAGCCUCCGGAAGACCCCCCAAAAUGAGAGGCCUGAGGUCUUCGAGUCGCUGCUAGAAAUAUUUUAAGGUUCUCCAGAAUGCAGCCCACACACGAGUGUGUAAGGUUCCUGGGCGCAUGCUGAAGUCGUGCGCGCGGGCGGACACCGGUCGGGGCUGGGCGCUACCAUAGCAACGCCCUGGACGCUCAGACCCCGGGCCACAGCCGCCGCCGCCGCCGCCGCCGCCGCCGCCACCACCACCACUGGCCACCAGCCAGCCUUCUCCUGCUCAGUAGGGGUGUGGUGUGGUGGCGGCGGUCCAGAGGGGGACCUGGGCCAGGUAGACCACACUGCUCCGCUCCUCCGAUGCAAGCCUAAAGCAGCAGACUUAACUUGCAAGCAUGCCCUUCCAGAAGCACGUCUACUACCCCCUGGCCAACAGCCCCGAGGGACUCGAUGGCCCUGAGGCAGGUGCGGCCCCGGUGGCCUUUGUCCCCCCCAGCGCGGCGUCGGGUCCCUUACCCUUCUUCCAGUUCCGUCCGCGGCUGGAGAACGUGGACUGGAGGCGACUGAGCGCCAUCGACGUGGACAAGGUGGCCGGCGCCGUGGACGUGCUGACGUUGCAGGAGAACAUCAUGAACAUCACCUUCUGCAAGCUGGAGGACGAGAAGUGUCCUCACUGCCAGUCCGGGGUGGACCCGGUGCUGCUGAAGCUCAUCCGCCUGGCGCAGCUCACCAUCGAGUACCUGAUGCACUCGCAGGACUUCCUGACGUCGCAGCUGCGCCUGGUGGAGGAGAGGCUGCGCCUGAGCCAGAGCGACUGCCAGCAGAGCAAACAGCUGCUCAGCAAGCAGGCGGGCGAGAUAAAGCUCUUGAAGGAGGAGUGUAAGCGCAGGAAGAAAAUGCUCUCCACCCAGCAGAUGAUGAUGGAGGCCAAAGCCAGCUACUACCAGUGCCAUUUUUGUGAUAAGGCCUUUAUGAACCAAGCUUUUCUACAAAGCCACAUUCAACGCCGCCACCCUGAAGAUUCUCACCUUGAGUACAAGACGAAGGCCCACGCGGAGAAGCUGCAGAAGGAGGUGGACAUGCUGAAGGAGGAGCUCCGGCUCACGCAGUCCCAGCUGGAGACCGCGCAGCACGCCCACGCCCUCCGCGUCUCCAAGGAAUAUGAGAUGCAGAAAUCAAAAGAAGAUGACUUCCUGAAGUUAUUUGAUAGGUGGAAAGAGGAAGAGAAGGAGAAACUAGUCGAUGAAAUGGAGAAAGUCAAGGACAUGUUUAUGAAGGAGUUUAAAGAAUUGACAUCUAAGAAUUCCGCAUUAGAAUACCGAUUGUUAGAAAUCCAGAAGUCCAAUAUGCAGAUCAAGUCCAACAUCGGCACUUUAAAAGAUGCUCAUGAGUUUAAAGAAGACCAGUCUCUUUAUCCCCAGGACUUCCCAGACUUGAUGCAGCUUCUAAAACUUCAGGAAAACAAGUGGACAGCUCAGCUUCAAACCCUCCACGAGGAACACAAGAAGGAGAAGGGUCAGCUCUUGUCACAUAUAGAGAAACUUCAGAGCUCAAUGUUAGAUGAUCUGAGUUCAAGAAAUGUUUUGUACCAGAGACGGAUCAAAGAGCUCGACCAGAAGGUCGCGGAGCAGACUGAGCUGAUCAUCACGCAGAAGCGGCAGAUAAAAGAGUUUACUAGUCAGCCCCUCUGCAGUGUGAGCGAGCCCAGAGGGAAUGUUCUAACUUGGCAAGCAAUUGAGUCAAAGCCAGCUGGCCCCACUCUGUCUAUGAACGCCUCAGCCAUACAGACUCUGGGAGCCAAGUCAAGUCUGACAGCGGUACAUGACCAGACAUUCUCAUCGCACAUACUGGAACCAAUAGAAGAACUUUCUUCAGAGGAGGAAAAAGGCAGGGAAAGUGAGCAGAGAUUCAAUAAGAAGACACACUUAAAGAAAACGUCGAAGGCCAGCCUGUCCGCUAAGGAGCUAAGAAUGCUGGUGGAGCAGAAACUGAUGACCAAACUGAAAGACUUGGGCAUUAAUUCAGAUAUACACGGUAUCCCAAGUGAACAAUUUAGUGCAGCCCUUGGAAUCCUAGACUCAACCAGACACGCUCAAGAAGGACAAAUACCUAAUAUGCUACAGAUUCGGGAGUCCCUCGAACACCAGCUCAGCUGCAAACUUGAAGAGAAAGCUUUGUUAUCCUCCGAUAAACACAGCGUGCCCGGCAUGGACGCCUUUUCAGCUGAAGAAGCGCCCAAAGCGAUGCAGCUUCCUCCCAAAAGCAGACAGUUGGUUAGACAAAGACCUGUUUACACUGAUAAGGUGGCUGUCUCGAAAAUUAAGAAAAAUAUAGAAGAUAAUUUUCCCAGAAAGUUUUCAUCCACUACGACCCCCCCCUUCAGCUCAGAGGAGGACGUGGACGAUGAGGACUUCAUCCAGGCCUUUGUGUGUCCAGACUUACUUCCCAUGCAGCCACCUAAAACCACCAGCAGGAACUUUGGGAAGGGCUCCGUCAAAAGUGACAUGGACUGGACCGAGGCGAGCGAGCUGGAGGACUCUAGUCUUUCUCCCAAGCCCACCACAGGAACCUCCAUUAAAACACAGACUGAAAAGGUUGAAAAUGCCGUUUUACCUAAAAGAAACGGGAAUAAAGCAGUCGGGAUGAGUGUUACUGAGACAUUUAUCAAAAAGGAACUUCAAGAAGAACUAAAGUGUGCAGAUGUGGAUGAUGAUGACUGGGACAUAUCAUCCUUGGAGGAAGAAAAAUCUUUGGGAAAAAAAAUGACUGAACAGAGGGAACCUCCACCUAUGAAGAAAGAUCUGGGCUCUAGUCACGUACCAAGGGCCUGGGGCCCAGUUCACCUUCGGGAACCCAAGGGAGAAGGACUUCAAGAAAAUGAAUCCAGCACUUUAAAAAGCAGCUUGGUAACUAUGACUGACUGGAGUGACUUUUUGGAUGUAUAACAACAAUUCCACACGUCAGAAGAUUAUUCCAGAAGCCAGCAGUAUUUCAGUUAACAGCCUAUAUGAUUCUAAUGCUCCUGCCUUAGUGUUUCCCACAAUAACAAGGAAGCCAACUCAGAGAACAAGGGUGUCUUUAAUGAUACUUUAUACAAGGUACUUAAUACAAGGGUGUCUUUAAUGGUACUUAAUACAGUAUUGAAAAACAAACAGCAGUAUUUUGAAACAUAAAGGUGUGUUCUUCUUCAAAACAAGGUGUCAUUGAAGUCAUAAAAGGUGUUUUCCUCAGAACAGUACUCUAGUGUUAAAUGUAUUGUUUUUGUCAACUAAUUUUAAGCCAUUUAAAAAAAAAAAAAAACUUUUAACAGGCUUUGGUUUGAAUUAUAGCUUUUUAAAAAUAUCUUAUGCACACAGUCACAUUGGAAGUGUUUAUGUUAUAAAGUUCUGUUCAGUCUCUUUAAAAUUGAAUUAGUGAAGUUGGUGAGCUCCAAGUUAAAUUGGUUAUUUUUGCUCUAGAGGUAAGUUUAGAAUGGUAGCAGAUAGCUAGGCCCAUGUUAAAUACGUUUUCUUCUAGCACCUUACUCAUGCUCGGCUUUCAGCCACUGUGAGCAUGUUGCUACUAAUCAGUUAUUUUUUGCAGUGUAGUCUUUAUCUUGUAAACUUUAUGAAUAACAUGUAGCUGUUUUAAAUGCCAGUUAUUUUUUUUUUCAGAUUACCCGUAGAGAGAUAAGCCAUGACUGAAUCACAUGUGAUAUAGUUUUCCAUUUUUUAAUACCCAACCCAUUUAUAAAAUACCUCAAGACUAAUUUAUAUUCUUGAACAAAGACAUUAUUGAGACCAGAGUUUGUGUAAACUAGUUUUCUGUUUGUUUAUUUGUUAAUUUGUUUGUUUGUCUGGUUAGUUGGUUGAUUUUUGCAUUUUUUUUUUUAAUACUAUGUGGUACCAUCAGUACUCUAUUUCCAAAAAGCAACAUUUUCAUUCAAUGGUUUGUUGGGUUUGGGUCUCUUGUCAUCUGUCAACUUUGCCAGUAAAGCCCUCCAUGACACCA